GCCAGGCCCCGGAGAAGUCAGAAGGGUGACAAAGGAGAGAACCGAGCUGAGCGGAUGAGUGGAAAGGCAGUUCUCGAAGCCAGAGCUGCCCAACGCGUUUGCCUAUUCAGUGUCAAGAGAGACAUGGCCUACUCGGAGAUCCAGCACGCAGCGCGUUUUGGCAGUUGCCCCUUGUGUUCUCGUUUGUCACCACUUCAAUGGUGUGCUUCCCGCUAUUCAUCUCUUUCAAACAUUGCUAGAGAACUCUGGAGAGCGAGUCUUCGAAGACGCAAAUCGGCGUUUACCGUCUUGCCCGGAAUCUCGACUCUGGAUUUUGGCCUGCAACCAAUGAGGCCAGGCCCCCCAUGAGGAGGUACAGAUGAGUGACCAAGAUGAGAUAAAUGCGGGGAAGCACUGGGAAGGAUGGACGGGAAAGGACACCUGUGAAGGGGACAAGAAUGACCCGAACAAAUGUAAAGAAGAGAAUGACUACGCUAUUUG